AUGAUUAAGAGAUUCAAGAAACUCUUUCAGGGUUAAAGUGAGUUCCAAUCAUUUCUUACAAAAUCUAGUCUUACAAAGGAUAACUAUGUUUACAAACAAGAGGAUGUGGAAAUUUUAAUACCAUACCUAACAGAAGAUUAAAAUAUAAUCGAAUUUUUUUAGGUGUAUUAAGAGGAAAGCUGUCAACUUUAUACAAUAAAAAUGAAAAUGCUUAUAACUAUUCAUCAGAUGCUUAACAUCAGCGAUGAAUUUGCAUCAUAUUUCACUAAAAUUAAUUUUGCCUAUUUUAAUAAGUAUGAAUGAUUGAAUUAUAGCAGGCCUUCCCAUAAACCAGAAACAUUUGUAUUUAAGCAAGUAACAAAUGAGGUAUGGUUGCUGGAAAACCUUUAGAUUCCAUUUCUGCAGUAUUUGUAAAAAUUGGCAUUGAAUGUACAAGAGAUCAAAAGUUAUCGAAAUCACCAUUUCAGAAAACCUAUUCAUUAAUCAAAGUAAAACGUCGUAUUUUAUUUAAGUCUUGUAGUAGAAUGCUUUAAAUUGCAAAACCUAGUAAAUUAAGGUUUAUCUCUAGUGCCCUAACUGAAAACAUCGCUAUCAAAUUUCCCUCAUGAUUUUCUCUUAAAGAAAUUGGCUAGCAAUCUCUAUUGUGAAUUGAGACAAUUUUAAAGACAGCUGAUUAAUUCUCUUUCUGCUUUAUUGGAUACCAACUCUAGGGCCUCAAAUAUUGAGAUAUUUGAGUUCUUCAGAGAAGUAAGAUCUCUCUCUCACAAUUCACAUAGGUGCAAAUUAUAGAGAAGAAGACCAUGUCAUAUUACAUGUUACACAAGUUGUUUGAUCCAGGAAGAAAGUUGAUGCCUCCUUUGUAAUUGAAAAUCGAUCUAAAAAGCGCAAAGCAUCUUGAAUAGUAAGCUUUAAAUGAGCAAUUAAAGAUUAAUUAGCAAAAGUAAAUGAGAAGUCAACGGAAUUCCAGAUCGAAUAGUUUAGAUCAGCAAUAACGAGUUUCUUAAGGUUUUAUUAGUUAAAGGGAACGCCGCUUCAUGAUGUACAGUAGAACAAAGAAACAAGACACGAUUUAGGAAGAUAUUGAAAUGCCCACUGAAGAAUAAUAGCCUUCAGAGAAAAAGAAGAUAACGUAGAUGAUGGAUAAUUAAGUCAAUGACAUUCCUAAAUAGUUUGAUAAUUUGGAAAAUGAUAAUAGCGACAUUCAAAAGAAGGAGAGUAGUGAUGAGAGCGAAAUCAAUGAGAGAAAUAGUUAGAAGGAAACUAAUGACAUUGUUAAAAAUUAAGAAAGUACUAGUCAAGCAGAUUAAGAUGAAAAUUAAUAUAUUUGA